UUAAAACGGGAGAUUGAAAGUGACAUUUGAGACUAAGGGAAAGAAUAAUAGGAAACGUAGCAUCCGAAAAAGAGAGCAAAAGCAUUUGAGACUUCAUCAUCUACAAAGAGACGGCAGAGACUGUCGAUAGAAAGAGGAGAGUCUGACCUGUACAACAUGACAGAUGGUGUGUCUGAAAUUCACCACCUGUAUAAGAGAGGUAUGGAGUGUCACCUGUUAGACUGUGAAAGAAUGACGAGAAGACGCAGAAGACUCUGAGAUGUUUUUUUCUGAGAGACCAGAUCCCGAUAAGAACAACGCACAGAAGAUCUGGAAUAUAGAAGUGCCUCAUGGGACCAAUAAAGUUUCCCCCAUGUAUGAUCCUCUGACACUAUCUGAAGCCAUUGGGCAAUGAAUUCAGAGCCAGGUACUCUUCACCCCUCGCCAAGGGGCUCCUUACACCAAUCUUUGACAGGGUCCAUCCAUUCUUCAUCAUCUGGCUCGAUUUGUUCAGGGGACAUCGGACGUGUCCUCUCUUCAAAUGUCCGUCGACUUCAUGGAGCUCUGAACCGGCUGCUAAGUGACCCCGAGCGGGAACAGCUUUUGCACUGUUUGAGACUCUAUCACUCUCGAAGAAAUGUGUUUGACCUGGUGAGAACAUUGCGCCUUAUACUGCGCCCCCAGGACCAGAGACAACUUUUCCCCAUGCUACGUCUUGUUAUCCCACGGUCUGACCAACUACUAUUCGACCAGUAUACUUCGGAAGGGUUAUACAUUAAAGACCUGACCCAAGGCUCUACAGGAUUUGGUGAGAUAUUGUACGAUGGUGUUUCGGCAUUUAGCACUCCAAUUUCAGGCACAGCUCCUGCAUUUACCUCACCAUUACCUCGGACAAAUCCUGCCUUUAGUAUCCCAGUAACAGGGACUGUUCCUUUAAGCAAUCCAAGACAAGGGACAGCUCCUGCUUUUAGCCCUUCAGUACCAGGGACAGCUCCUGCUUUUAGCCCUUCAGUACCAGGGACAGCUCUUGUUUUCAGCCCUUCUGGACCAAGGACAGCUUCUGUUUGCAGCCCUUCAGGACCAGGGACAGCUUCUGUUUUCAGCCCUUCCGGACCAGGGACAGCUCCUGUUUUCAGCCCUUCCGGACCAGGGACAGCCCCUGCCUUUAGUAAUCAAUCACUUAGUCCUAGUUUAGUGUCUGGAGCUUCAUAUCCAGGAGCAACAUCAGGUUUUAACCACCAGGGCACCACAGUUGCUGGCACCAAAACUGAUGUUCGACAGGUUAUCCUAAAGCGAAGCAAAAACCAAGAAGGACUUGGCUUCAGCAUUCGUGGUGGCGUUGAACAUGGCAUUGGUAUUUAUGUGUCACUGGUUGAACCUGGUUCUUUGGCAGAAGCUGAGGGACUAAGAGUUGGGGACCAGAUUAUAAAGGCAAAUGGAAGAUCACUUGACAGAGUCACCCACAGUGAGGCAGUUAAGGCUCUGCGGGGCUCUCAGAAGCUGGUCCUCUCUGUGCUGUCUUCGGGCCAGGUCCCUGGAGGCCAUGUCUCCAGUCAUAUCUACACCUGGGUCGAUCCACAAGGUCGAAGUGUCUCCCCUCCCGGAGGGCUAUCCCAUAAUAAUAAUCCGUCCGUGGGGGUCCCAGAAAAGGAGAAGAGGAGUCACCUACAGCUGCUACAGGAAGGGGAUGAAAAGAAGGUGAACUUGGUGCUGGGAGAAGGGAGUUCCCUUGGGUUGCUUAUUCGUGGAGGUGCGGAGUAUUCACUAGGGAUUUACAUCACAGGAGUGGAUCAUGGCUCCGAAGCUGAGAGUACUGGACUUAAGGUGGGUGAUCAGAUUCUGGAUGUCAAUGGGAUCAGCUUCCUGUCCAUUCCUCAUGAUGAAGCUGUCAGGAUUCUUCGCUCCUCACGACACCUGAUGAUGACUGUCAGGGAUGUAGGUCGGAUCCCGCACGCUCGUACUGUUGUGGAUGAGACACAGUGGCUCAGUAGCUCCUACACCGGAAAUGGAGACCCACUUACAACUACAGGGAUCUUAUGGAACUCCUCAACGGAAUCCACCACAAAGCCGCUCUUUUACAGAGGACCAGCGGGAUCACAAGUCACCCUAAGCAGUAUGGGAAACCAGACCUUGGUUCUUCUAGACGAGAAAGCACGGCUGCUGCUGACCGAACCCGAGCGAUGCACUAUGUCUUACUACCUCCAGCAGUACAAGGAGCGCCACAUCCCGGUACAGGCCUUUAUCAUGGCCAUGUUUGAGCUCUUCAACACCCAAGCCAAGUUUGCUCUCUUAUCUGAGCUGCGCCCUCAAAUCUACCCACACGACUUGGCAGUGUUUGAUAACAUGGUGUUGAAAAGAGAAAUCGAAUCAAUGAAAUCUCGCCAUCGUUCGGGAGACACUAUCUCUGUCUUAUCCCACAGUCCAAGCACUUCAUCCACCGAAAGCCACCAGACCGUCAGCACCGCCAGCACCGCUCGGGAACGUCUUCUUUGGCUGUUGGAUGUCAUGGAGAACGGAGCUGAUCCUGAGGGGAGUGCAGACUCUGGGAGUCUUACUCGGACAACCCUGCCUGACAUCUCCCUGGAUGAUGUCAACUCAUUCCUUGAUGAGCCCCCCGCAUACAGACCACCUCCCCCGAUACCCACAGAAGAAGCUCCUGCAGUUCUUCGAAGACAGGGUGGGGAGCGAGCUCCACGUCCUUCCUCCGGGUCAUCUCAGUCGGGGCUCUUCUUUACUGCUCCAUCUCACCCUAGUCCUCCUCGUCCUCCAUCUUCUACAUCACUCUCAACCCCAAGCCCCCCACUACCCCCUCUCACUACCCCCCCAGCCUCUCCUCAAUCACAGAUCCCAAACCAACCAAUAUAUGCUACGAUUUCACCCAAAAACCAGACCCCUAUAUGCCCUGUGACCCAGCUGGCUCUGGUCACGCAGCUACCUCUGACCCCCUUCCCAAGAGUUCAGUCACCAACUAGAUUAAAGCCUGUGGUUGAGAGCCCCCCUCAGCCAUCCUCCCCUACACACAAAGAAGCAUUAGACCCCCACACGAGUCAACAUUUUGUAAUGGUGGAAGUCCAUCGACCCAAUAGUGAACCUGAUGUGAAUGAAAUCCGAGCUGUUCCACAAACUCGAGCGGUCUUGCCGACAUCGCCCCCGGCCUCCCUUUCCCAGCUAUCAGACAGUGGGCAGACCCUCAGCGAGGACAGCGGUGUGGACGCAGGGGAAGUAUGCGGGGGCAGCAAAAACAGCAGCCCCCAGCCUCAAAAAUCCAGAGGAGCUGAGAACAUGGCAAAACCUCCAGGCCUGCUGGAGCCUUCUGCCACCUUAGUGCGUGUAAUGAAGACUGCACCUACCCUGGGUAUAGCUAUUGAAGGAGGAGCCAAGACACGCCAACCCUUGCCACGUAUUGUUACCAUACAGAGAGGAGGUUCUGCUCAUAACUGCAGCAAGCUACGUGUGGGCCAGGUCAUCCUUCAGGUGAACGGAAUCUCCUUACAAGAUAAAGAGCACCGCGAGGCUGCCAGGAUCAUCGCUGAAGCUUUUAAGACCAAAGAAAAGGAUUAUAUGGACUUUCUGGUCACAGAGUUCAAUGUGUCACUAUAGUGGCCAUUUAUGGAAUCCGAGUAGAAGAGUGUUAACCCAGCCAGGGGUCAGUGCCACGAGAAACACGUACUACAUGCUAAUGUGUAUACUGUGUAGCUGCCAUUUGUGUGCCCUUGCUACAUACGUGGUUCUGCUGUCCAACAUGUGGCUUAUAUACUCCCUUUAUACUGUAAUUGUGGUGUCAGCAUAACUGGGGCGGAUAGCGAGGAAGGAAAGUGAGAUAAUAGAUGGAUACCUGGGGUACAGAUGGAUACCUGGGGUACAGAUGGAUACCUGGGGUACAGAGAUCUAGUGAGCAAAAUCAGAACAAACAGACUUAUCAUGGUGCCAGGUGAAAACGGAGCAGAAGUGGGAGGAAAUAACUAGUAGUGGCAUAUAUCAUCUUUACAGACAACCGGCCAUGAUGUGAUGAGUUGGCAGCCUAUGGGAAAUAGGGGUUAACCUUGUCACCCUGAAACAGCGCCCUCUUAGAACACAGUCUCUCAGAGUGACACACCGCCAUCUAGUUAUACCGGGAUACUACACUGAAGACCAGGGUUUCCCAACCAGGGUGCCUCCAGCUGUUGCAAAACUACAACUCCCAGCAUGCCCGGGGCAUGCUGGCAGUUGUAGUUUUGCAACAGCUGGAGGCACUCUGGUUGGGAAACACUGCAUUAGAGCAAUGGUCCCCAACCUUCGGCUGUCCGGGCAUGCUGGGAGCUGAAGUUUUGCAACAGCUGGAGGCACACUGGUUGGGAAACACUGCAUUAGAGAAAUAGUCCCCAACCUUCCGCUGUCCGGGCAUGCUGGGAGUUGUAGUUUUGCAACAGUUAGAGGCGCCCUGGUUGGGAAACAAUGGUCUGGAGUGGUUAUACAGUGAUACUACACUUCAGACCAGUGUUUCCCAACCAGGGUGCCUCCAGCUGUUGCAAAACUACACUCCCAGAAUGCCGCAUGCUGGAAGUCGUAGUUUUGCAACCGCUGGAGGCACACUGGUUGGGAAACACGACAUUAGAGCAACAGUCCCCAGCCUUCGGCUGUCUGGGCAUGCUGGGAGUUGUAGUUUUGCAACAGCUGGAGGCACCCUGGUGUGGUAACAAUGGUCUGGAGUGGUUAUACCGUGAUACUACACACCCGACCAGUUUUUCCCAACCAGAGUGCCUCCAGC